AUGCGACGGCUGCGCGCUGACGACGACGUCGACAAGCCGCCGGGGCAGCACAAGGCGACUGCAGACGACGUCACUACCCAAAUGUGGAACGAGACAGAGCGAAUUACUCGCAGCCCGCGGACGACAGGUGCUGUAUCUAGUCGUGCCGAGAGCAGAGACUCCGGUUCGAGAGUGCGACGGACGGCGCUGAAAGGCGCAAACGCCGGCGCCUCGUAUGGACCCGGCACCGGACAACAGACGCGUUAUUACACGAGGGCCCGCUCGCGAGAAGCGAACUCUUUAGCUGCAGAGGCCACGUUUACCGGCUCCUCGUUGACGGUGUACAGCAGUGGUGAAGGCAGCGUUAACCAGCUGACUGCGACAGCGUCUGGCUCAGGGGUUGGGUCCGGCUCUGGACAGGGCUCUGGUGCGAACUCGGGACAAGGUUCGGGCGCGGACUCAGGGUCGGGCUCCGGUGCUGGCGGUACGGGCUCCUCGUCUAUCAGCAAUGACGCAACAGGCUGCAGUCGUUCGGGUUCUGGGGGAUCGGCCGGUUCGCAAGGCCGGGGUGACCACGGAACCGAAGAUACCCCUGUCUCUAUGCAGCGAGCACACUCCACAGAGGGGUAUCUGCAUCGUGUUCCCAGUAACGGCCGACCGCGAAACCUUGCCGAGCAAAUGGAGCUCGUGGAACGCCCCGACACGAGCGCGUUGCAGCUGCGAGGACCGCGAACGCACGCGCUCCCCAUAGGGUCACCAGCACAACUGCAACUGCAAGCGAAUCUGCGGGAACAGGCCAACCCGAACGCGACCGCCGUUGAGCCUGCGCCUCUCGACACUAUGCAGCGGCGAGCAGCUGCCUUUGCUCAACCAGAACGCACGAACACGUCGAGACAAGCACAGCAGCAGGGCUUCGCACGAAGCCGUCGCGGCGUUUUCUCAGAUGCCUCCUCAGGCCGGAUGCAGUUUCCAAGUGAUGUGUCCGCAGGUGCACAACAUGCCUCCGGUAUGCAUGGUCACCAUGGGAUCGCGUCACAGGCGCUUGCCCAGGCAGCGCCCGCGGUCGCAGUGACCGAAGCACAACGCUUGCGAGCCUUGAGCUCAAUGGACGCACACGAGUCGUUGCCCUCGUGGAGAGCCGCUACACCGCGUGCCCCAGAUGCCCAGACGGUGCUGAGCGCAGAGACGCGAACGGCAGCUGAUGAGUGUGUAUCGGUGUCAACGAGUUCCUUCGAGCGGCAACGGGAGUCUGCGCUGGAGAAUCCACCACCAUCACCGCUCAUGAUGAUCGCUGCGCAGGUUGUCGCACCGCGACUGCCACCAGAUCUGGGACUUGCGCUCCAGCCCGAUGAUCCAAACGGUCAUGUACAGUAUAGUGUCGGGGAAGGCCUCGGACCAACCGCUGACUUUCCGAACGGCCGCUACCAAAUUCUAGCGCCGCUCGGAAGCGGCACAUUCGGCAAGGUCGUAUCGUGCUGGGAUCGAGUUACAGAGCAACUCGUUGCUGUGAAAGUGAUUCGAGCUGUGCGCAAGUACGCAGAGGCGGCAAGGAUGGAAAUCGAUAUCCUCCUUGAACUGGGGCGGAAGGAUCCCACAAGUCGCUUCCACUGCGUUCGCAUGCUAUCCUAUUUCACGCACGUAAGCCAACAGGGGAAUGCGCACGUCUGCCUCGUAUUCGAGCAUUUGGGACCGUCCCUCUUUGACGUCCUGAUGCGCAAUCACUUUCGUCCGUUACCGGUACCCAUUUUACGUGCGGUAGCUCGGCAACUCUUGGAGGCCAUCACCUUCUUGCACGAGCACAACCAAAUCGUGCAUACGGAUAUCAAACCAGAGAACGUGCUCAUCGUUCCGAGCAGUUACUAUCCGAACCGGCAAAUAACCGAACAUGUGCAGGUGCGUCUGAUAGAUUUUGGUUCCGCUAGCAGACUCGAUAAGGUCAGCGUUCGGCACGCUAUUGUUUCGACGCGGCACUAUCGAGCGCCGGAGAUCAUUCUGGGCACCGGCUGGUCAUUCGCCUGCGAUAUCUGGUCGUUUGGUGCGUUGCUGGUAGAGUGCUACACUGGCCAAACGCUGUUUCAGAGCCACGACGAUCUGGAGCAUCUCCAACUCAUGCAGAAACUUCUCCAGCACGAGAAUGGCGAGGUGAUUGUGCCACCACCGCGACCGAGCCCCAGCAGCACCUCUAUGGGCAGUCAACGGCGCCGAGAAGCACUGAAACUCUUCCGGGAUGGCCGCCUAAACUGGCCAGAGGGCAUCGACGAGCAGAGCGCAAACAGCCUUGCACGGCAGAAGAGCAUUCGUCGUGUCGCCCGCAUGCCGGAGCUGCACUCCAUCUUCAGACCAGAGCAUGCUUGCUUGCUUCAUCUGAUUCGAUGUUGUCUAACAAUAGAUCCGUUGAAGCGAUGGCGCCCCAGCGAGCUCCUGCGUCACCCUUUUUUUAUGAGUUACUCGACGGAAGCUACGCCCUAG